GCGUCCGUGCACGACAUCAACCGUGCUCUUCCCCGGCCGGCUGGCCGAGAGACCACGUCAGAGCUCUGUGCCCGCUAUCUGUCCAUCAGUACCAAUCAGGACGAAGAUGACUAACUUCAUCCAGUCACCUCCAGCGUUCCCCAGAUUUGCUCGCCCUAUAUAACCAGCUGCACCGUCUCUCCCAGAUCUCUCCCCUUCCCAGCACCCACCCGUCGCCCAGCAGACUACAUCAACACCACAUCCUCGACGAUCAAGAUGAGCGAAGGUCUUUGCCAGCACUGUGUCAGCGGCGUCCGCCACGAGGGCACACCCGAAGGCAAGAUCGAGAAGAUCGGCGGGGCCGAAGCCUAUAUUGCGACGCCCUCCGGCGACUACGACAAGACGAAGGUCGUUAUCAUCGCCACGGAUGUCUUCGGUAUCCCGCUCAACAACAACAAGCUCCUCGCGGACACCUUCGCGCAAAACGGCUACAGGACCGUCGUCCCCGAAUACCUUAACAACGACCCCGUACCCGAGGACGCAUUCGACGCGCCGGGCAAGUUCGACGUCGGUGCCUGGUUUGGCAGGCAAGGCCCUAGCGUUUGGAAGCCCGUCAUUGACAGCGUCGUCGCGGCGCUCAAGGCGGAGGGCGUGACGCGCAUCGGCGUCACCGGCUACUGCUACGGCGCCCCGCCCGCGCUCUACCUCGCGUACAACAACAUCAGCGCCGCCACUGUCCUCGCGCACCCGUCUCUGCUCAAGCCCGAGGACCUCGAGAAAUACCGUGAUGAGUCCAAGGUGCCGAUCCUCAUCAACAGCUGCGAGACCGACUCGCAGUUCCCACCGGACUUCCAGGCCAAGGCGGACGAGAUCUUCAAGGGCUUUGCGCCCGGCUACGAGAGGCUGUACUGGGAGGGAUGCACGCACGGCUUUGCUGUCCGUGGUGACAUCAGUGACCCGAAGAUCAAGGCCGGCAAGGAGGGUGCCUUCGAGGCCACCGUCAAGUUCUUCAAGAAGCACCUGUAAACCGAUAGCCGUCUUCUCUGAUCGCGCGAAGUGUGUUCACACGAAGAGGGUAUCGUGCAGCCUGGCGUCAAGAAUAACUCGCGUGGGAAUCCAUGCUCAGAGUGAAGGCGGAUAUUUAUCCUUCUUACCCAAGAGUCCCGCUGCGUCAUUCGCGGGUUCAACCCCGUAGGUAUACCUCUUGUAUCAUACUGUUCGAAUACCAGUGUAUCCAAGCGAAGGCUGGGAAGGAGGGCGCCUUUGAGGCCACGGUCAGGUUCUUCGGAAAACACCCGUAGUAGUUGCAUGAGGCUGGACGAGGUGGCUUUAGCGCACAGAGGUCGCACUAACACGACAAAGUG